CGUAGUUCCACUUUUCCACGAUUAUGCGUACUUUAUAGUUCUAAAAGAGUAUAUUCAGAUUACCGUGUAGGAUCACAUCGGUUGUUUAUAUUUUUUUCCGAGAGAUUGUAAUUUCGUAACAAAUCGUUCCGGUUUCAUUUAAAAUGACCGGCUCGAUAAUUUUGGCGGGGCUCGGUCUUGCUGCCCUCGGUUUCGGCGGACGGGCUCUACUGCGGCAGAUGCCGAACGCCGCCAGCAAGAUGCAGGAAGCGCUCCAAAGUCUUCCCAAAUUCGAUGCGGAAUCGAUGGCCAACUCGAAGUACUAUCGGGGCGGAUUCGAUCCUAAAAUGAACAAACGGGAAGCGGCGCUUAUUCUGGGAGUUAGUCCGUCAGCAUCUAAGCUAAAGAUUAAAGAUGCUCACAAACGAAUUAUGCUCCUAAAUCAUCCCGACAAAGGAGGGUCACCGUAUUUGGCUGCCAAAAUCAACGAAGCUAAAGAUUUUAUGGACAACACCAAAUAAUUUAGUAUAUAGUCAGCGUUUCUUAGAAGAACCUAACAAAAGCUAUUAGAACGGGGCAUAUGCGAAAUGGCUGUAUUCUCAAAAUUUUGCGAGGUUUUCUUACAGUAUAUCUAUGUUUUGUACAAGAGGCUAACAAUUUCGUAUGUGCUCAUUUCUUAUUCAGAUCGUGGUAUGUUCUCAUACAGAAUUGUUAGAAAAUCUAGCAUCCGCUGAUGUAUCAAUCACAGUUGUUUUGUAAAUAUUUAUUAUUAUUGAAACGAAUGUAAAAUAUAUUUGACAAAGUGCAAAGUA